GUGUGUGCGACCGUGUGCGAGAAUUAUGGCUUCGGGCUGGUGAGCAUCUUUGGUGGCAACUUUUCACCCCGAAAACCGUUCGAAAACGGUACGAAAACAUUAACAACGUGCAGUGGAAGAUCGUAAACCGUACAGUUCACAAACUAAACGAGAAGUUUUCAUAUAUAAAGACAGUGCAAGAACGGUGUGUAGUGCCGCAGUUUGUUUGAAUCUUGCAAAUCCGUGGCAUAGUUAACUGUUCGACGUGGAGGAAGUAUCAAUGCAGUGUGUUGAUGGUGGUGGAAAGCAUAAUCGGAAACAUAAUCGCGGUGGCUUACCACAAUUCGGGUGGCUGCGGAGUGUGUGUUUCUCUGGAACGUAAAAUCUGGAAAACAAAGUAAUCUGGAAAGCUUAUAAGUACACUUAGCGAGCUUUAUUUCCGUGGCGACGGAGGACGGAGUAUCCUUCGAAAAAGGAUUGUUCGAAUACCUUAAGAAGCGCAGUGACUUCUUCAUCAGUUACGCUCAGUUAAUCGGAAUUUUAAAGUUGAAAAGAAUUAGUUGCUGUUAACGUACCUUAAUCGCUGGCAGUAUACAGUGUUGACAGAGUUGCAGUAGUGUUUUUUUUGCGUUAGAAGUUGCGUUCGUACGUAUCACUUCAAAGCUCCUAUACAGUUGGCGGCACAACACGGCGUCGUUUGUGUUUCGCAUAUGUUCUUAUCCAAACUAAUAUCAACAACAACAACACACACAAAACGAAAACCAAGAAACAACAAAGUGCUUGAGCAAUGAGUGCCCCUGAAGACACCACUGCGACCGCACAACUUGCUCCCGAUCAUCAUCAGCAAAAUGUUGUGUCACCGUCAGCAAAUUCCGCGUCCUCUACGUCUGUACCGGCAGCAGUAGCAGCAUCGGCAGCAGCAGCAGCAGCAGCACCAGCAUCAUCAUUGCUAUCUUCCCCACCACCAACGACUGUUGGAUCGCCUACAGUUACCACGCUGAGUGCAGCGAUAACAGGUACAGCAGACACAAGCACCGGAAGUGGUGCUGGUGCGUCUGUAACACUUCCCGCCAAUAACGGAAGCAAUAACAACAGCCACGCCGGUGACAGUAAAGACGGUGUUGGUGCCGCUGCCAGCAACAGUAGUGCGCCGGAUGGAAAUAACCGGAACGUAAGCAGUAGUCCUCUCGAUGCUGCUACAGAUGCGGCGAGUGUUUGCGAUGCGGAAAAGGUACCAGCGGCUACCACUUCCAGCCCACCACGGACUGACCAAGAAGGAAUUUCUGCUGCAGGAAUUGUUGUUGCCACGGCAGAGAGUCUGGGUGCGAUAGAACCCGGCUCAUCCGGUGGCACUGCAACGCCAGUGGCAGGUGGAGUAUCCCCUGCAUCGGUGACAGUCGGUGAUGUCGCUGGUACGAAAGCGUUAUCCUCCGCGACAGAUGGUGGUAGUUCGUCGCCGGUUACCAGCGGCACUGUUGUCCCAACGGUUACAAAUGGAGGUGGUGGCAAUAAUACAAGCGUAAUACCUGCAAUAGCAGGUACCACGAUUCCGCUACGUGGGCGCGAUGUAACCGACAAACAAUCGCUGGAAUACCACUGCCGGGUGCUGGAAGAUGAGGUACAGUUAAUAAAGGAAUCCGAAGCAAAGAUCAAACAACAGUAUAGCGAGUCUCAGCGCCGGGAACGUAUCCUUGCACGUCGGGUUGCCGUGCAGGAGCAGGAAAUGCGCGACUAUUCGAAACAAAUUGCGGCUCUUAAAUCUGCCCAAGCACCCGGUCCGGCUGCACUGCGGUCGGCUUUGCUUGAUCCCGCAGUGAACAUACUCUUUCAGAAGCUUAAAGCGGAACUGCAAGCGACCAAGGCAAAGCUGGAGGAAACACAAAACGAGCUAUCGGCGUGGAAGUUUACGCCCGACUCGAACACCGGCAAGCGGCUGAUGGCCAAAUGUCGCUUGCUGUAUCAAGAAAAUGAGGAGCUUGGUAAGAUGACCUCGAACGGUCGGUUGGCAAAGCUGGAGAGUGAGCUGGCGCUGCAGAAGAGCUACAAUGAGGAGGUGAAAAAAUCACAGCUAGAGUUGGAUGAUUUUCUGCAAGAGCUGGAUGAAGAUGUCGAGGGCAUGCAGGGUACGAUCGUGUUUCUCCAGCAGGAACUCAAACAAACGAAGGAUUCGCGGGACGAAAUGGAAAAGGAGCUCAUACAGUUGCGCGCCUACGUUGCGGCCAAUCUGGGUCCCUUCUCCGGUAGCGCCGAAAACCCCACUAGCGGCAGCACACCCACGGACGAGCGUAGCUCAUCGAUGAUGCUGAUGAUGGAUGCGCAGGAUAGCAAUAGUAACAGCAACAGCCACGGUCACGAUGCCUACCACCAUCCGGACGGUGGCGGUCCGGACAGCAUCGGCGGUGUUGGUAGAUUGGGUGAUAUGGGCGGUGGUGUUACCCCGAUCUAUCUAGUGAACGGUGGUGGUGUUGGUAGCGGCAACACCGACACCGGAAGCAGACUGGUGAAUAAAAGUUCAAGUAGUGGUGAUGAUCACGAUAUGAUGGUGUACAGCAAUCGGACGCACUGUGGUGGCGCAGUUACGAAUAGCAAUGAGUUACGAACUACACCGACACCUGGUGGAUUGUCACUGACAGCCGCGCCGUCUGUCUCUGCCACCGGCAACCCUGACAACAGUGGCGGCGGCGGCAGCAGCAACAGCAGCAGCAGCAGGGGCAGCAGCAGCAUCAACAGUAAUGCUGCCGCAGUGAACGGUGGUGCCACUGCAGCAAUCGCGUCAGUGAGCAGCAGCGGUGUUGAUGGUGACCCGUUAGUUAAUGAACUGAAUGAUCCGCUGUUGCCUAGUAGUGUCGCUGGUAGUGAUGGCAGCGGUAGAACUAGUAACAGUAAUACCGAUAGCAAUAGUGGCAGUAACGUUGCCGAUGUCGACCACAGUGUGAAUAGUACUAACAGCAGCAGCAGUGGCAACAGUGCGGCGCUGAAACAGCAACACCACCAACAGCAGCAGCGAACAAGUAAUAAUGUCGGUCGAAACGGUGGACGAACAACAGUGGCCGCUAGGAAGCGCAAUUACAAUGAAACCGAGAUUGAUUCGGCAGAGCUGGACGGUGGUGUUGGUAGCAGUGCCGGUGGUAGUGAUGUUGUCAGUGGUGGCGCUUACGGAAGCGAAAGUGUUGUUGUUGACGGUGUGCUAGUGAAGGACGUUGUUGUUGGUGUUGCGGAUAGUAGUGCUAGUAGUGGUGGUGCCGGUGUUGCGAACGGUAAGCUGACGAACGCCGCCAACAGCUCACUGUUGACCGAGCAGCAGCAACAGCAGCAGGACGUCGAAUCGUCCAACAGCAACAAACGCAUGACACGAUCGGGUAAAGGUAAAGCGAACGCAACUGCUGCACCAGCGGCUGCCUCCGUUUUGUCCACUUCCACCAUCUCCUCCUCCGCCUCCUCCUCCUCCUCAUCAUCAUCCGUCUCCGCGUCGAACGUGUUAAUGACGAGUGCAGCGAAAAAGCUCCGAAGAGGUUCAAUCGCACCGGACGACGAAGUUGAUCCAUUGUGUGAUGCGCCUCCUUCGUCACAGCAGCAGCAGCAGCAGCAGCAGCAACAACAGCAGCCACAGCAACAAACGAUAUCGUCCGCCAACGGUUCGAAUUAGGCUCGAAACCGUGUCUGUGUGUAUGUCUGUUCUAUUUUUAUCUUACUUUCGUGUUACACACGAGUUGUCCAUUUGUGCUCUGGGUUACGGUCCUGGAGAAGCGCAGCCUGGUCUUGGUCCUGGUGUGAUGAUGCAGCUCCUUGACAUUCAGGCAGCGAGAUUGAGAGAGACGAGAGAGGUAACCUAGAGGCUCGUACAACUUAUAUCAGCUGUUUUAUAGGGCAGGUAAUGCAAAACUACCAUCUUGAUUGAACUCAUUGAAGCAUCUCGGGAUUGAUAACUACUCGCCACUCAUUACAAACUCCUUCCCCGCGCCAUCCCUGAGGUACGUUAUUCUUGCUUGGGUAUGAGUAUAUCAAUCGGCGAUCAAUUACAAACCCGCCUCCAGGACGACAGUAGGGGAUUUUGUGCUUUUAGGGUACAAACAUCGUAGCAACUAAAGUACAUUUAAAACGUAAACAGACAAACGAAACGGGGAAAAAAUAUUAAAAAAGAGAGAAAGAAGGAGAGAGAGAAAGAGAAGAAAAAUACAUACAAAAAUAUUGUAGGUCAAAGUGAAACAUACAAAACGAGAAAACAAGACAAAAAUGCUGCUGAAUAAAGAAAUUAACUAAGUAUCUAUAAGCUGUAAUUAAUUGACUCUCUCUCACCUACCCACACUGGUACACACUCGUUUAUGCUGCGUGGUGUUGUGUUGUACAUUUUUCGUGCUACGUAAUUUCGCUAUGUGGAUUAUUGUUACACAUUUUUACAAUUAUCGAGACACGAGAUGGCCACAUUUUAUUGUUUUUUUUUGGUGCAAAAGAAAGAAGAUAUAAAUCAUUUCUUUACCGAAGCAAAACCAUACGAGAGGGUACAGAGGCAAUGGUUGAGAAAGGUCGAUCUUAUAGCAACGCGGAACAGUGAGGAAAUAUGCUAACAAAGUAGGCGGCAGAUGGAUUAAGCAAGUAUCGCUUUAUUUUUGUGGUUGUUCAUUGGAAAUCAAAAUGAAAUGACUUCCCACAUUUUGUAGCACCUCGUAUGGGAAUCAGUCGAAUCAUAAUGAAACUGGUGAUUUGUUGUAUUGCAUAAUAGAAAGAGGUGCGGUUUUAUAUUGGAUUGCUGUUCCGUCCGAUACUUUUCUUUCUUUUGUGUAUUGUUUUGUGUAACAAUGAGCGACGCACUUUUUUUUGUGCGUUGUGACACGAAAAAGUUGUGUGACUUCUUUAAACCGGCUUACUAGAUUUGUCCCACUCAGUCUGCGCCGUUUGCGUACGUUUAGCAUGGCACGUGGUGUGAAUUUUGAAGAUCUCGUGGAAUUAAUGUUUAUUUAAACAACCCGUCAAAAUUACGUUUUAUGUUGAAAUAGGUUUUGCUCCUAAAUGAUUCUCGCUGGGAGAAUUGAUUGUGAAAUGAAUGAUGUACGCAACGUACAAUUAAUACAAAGGUAACGAAAUCAUAGAGAUGAAAGACUCGCGCGGUAUAGGAAGUUUAGAUACGCAGAAGUUUUUUUUUAUUUAAGUUUAGCUUCGAUUAGUUAAUGCAAUCUUCUAACUGUAAUCUUCUCGUUCCAGGGGGUGCGUGAAGAUGAGAAAAAAAAACACACAGAAAAUGUAAUCAUGAGAGAUAGUUGCAGUUCAUUAUUGUUAUUCACGAAAGAGUAAAAAAAAGCUCCUCGGAGUGAUGUAUAAAAAAAUGGUAUAAAGUUCGUACAGCGUUUGAUUUAAAGGCUCUGGUGUGCUUUUUAUUUUCUAAAAAUUCUUGCACCACCCCAAGAGUUAAACGCAAGCCAUUUUGGGCACAUGUGCAUGCAGAGUAUCCGAUGAACGUUGUCGAUUCGAGGACAAUACUUAAUUUGCAGCAAUAGUAAAACAGAAAACUACACAACUCUUAAUAAUGUAACAGGCGUACACCAACAUUACAAUUAGCUAAAACUGACAGCAACAAAAAACACACAAAAACCAAGGGAAUAUAAAGAAAUGCUAGCAAAGAUAACAACGCAGUGGAAGGAAAGCAGUAGAUGAACACAAAACGAGAUUAUGUAAGACAUAGGGCAUGUUAGAUAUGUAACAAACAAAAAAACAAAAACCCCACCCGGGGAAAGAAAACGACGUAACGCUCACAAAACCUGUAAUUUAAAUUAUUUCAAACAACAGAAAAACAAGAAAUUUGG